AUUAAUGUUUUUAUCUUUUUCUCUUUUCUCAAACAUUUUAUAUAUAUUACGAUACACUGAACUCUAAUAGAUGGAGUUGGUGAUUAACUCAGAAUGGAAAGAGAUGAGUGAGAAGAAUCAGAAGAAAGAUGAUAAAAUUGAUUUUCUUUUUGGGUAGAAUCUUUUUUCAUGAUCUUCGAUCAUACAGUUCAGCCAUUUUUUUAUUUCUAUUUGUUUAUCUUAUACAUUUCAUCAUUCCAUAGGUGUGUUCUCUAUCUCUCUCUCAUACACAGACACACUUUCUCUUCCUCUUUUAGUCAGCAUCAAUUUAUCUUAUAUUCUCAUUCUCAUGUGUAAUGUUUACCGUUAUAUGUUAUUUGUUAUUCUCUCUCUUCACCAACAUGUGAACAUAGACACUUUGAUAAUCAUAAAAAAUGAUUAUAACCAUGGAUUAAUUACUAUUAAAUAGCCGCAAUCUAUUUGGAUAUUUUAUCUCAACAAAUUUGUUCUUUUUUUCUUUAUUAUUAUUAUUGUUAUCAUUAUUAUUAUUUUCUUUUUUCUCUCUCUCUCUCACUCUGUUUAUCUUCAUCACAUUCACUUGUUAGCUCUCAUAUGGCUUAUCAUCAUUUCUGUGUAACUUUAUCAUCUUUAUCACUUUCUCUCGCUUUUUUACUGCACUUUUCACCGACAAUAUAUUCAAAUGCUGAAGAUUUGGUCCAAGAUGAAUCUCCUCAAUUCAAACCACAUCCUCGUCAUCAUCGAUAUCAUUCAUCACUUAUUACUUAUCGACCUUAUCAUAAUCAAGAAGACACUCAAGUGGCCUAUCUACCAAUUCUAAUUAUUUUAAUUGUUAUUAGUCUCUUCCUGAUUGUCAAUUGUUAUAAGAAGGAAUCAUCACCAAAUAUACCUGAUCUCACCGAGACCAGCUGCCUUUCAGCCUUUAUUUCCCGGGCUUGUAAUAGCAAUGAAGUAACUGGACAUCACUCAUUUUUACUGCCAAAAGUUAAAACAAUACAUCAACCAACCUCAUUAAUAAUAUCACCUUUAACAAAUCAUAAUAAUAGUAAUAAUAAUUAUGUUUAAGUUUAUUUGUAUGCUAUUUCAGCAGAGGUUUUGGUGAUUUUAUAUAUCAAUUAUUAAAAGUCGAUCUUUUUUUUCGUCA